AUGAAAAAGAGUUCUAAUAAAUUUACAUAUUUUUUAACUUUUUUGAUAUUAAUCAGUUACACAUCAUCUUACAAUUUCUACUGGUAUGAUGAACUUUUUACUGAUGAUAAACAAAUAAUUGUACAUCUUUUUGAAUGGAAAUGGACUGAUAUAGCAAAUGAAUGUGAAACAUUUUUAUCAAAAUAUGGUUAUGGUGCUGUUCAAAUUUCUCCACCAAUGGAACAUAUAACUAUACCAUCUAAACAGAUGCCUUGGUGGAUUAGAUAUCAACCAGUAUCAUAUAAAUUAAAUUCAAGAUCAGGAACAGAAAGUGAAUUUAAAAAUAUGGUUGAUAGAUGUAAUAAAGUUGGUGUUAAAAUUAUUGUUGAUGUUGUCCUUAAUCAUAUGACAGGUGUUGCUCAAAAAUAUGGCGUAGAUGGUAUUGGAUCAUCAGGUGGAACACCAUUUGAUGCAACAAAUGGUAUUGAAAGUUUUCCUGGUGUACCAUAUACAAAAGAUAAUACUAAUGAUCCAAGAUGUAAUCAUGACAUUCAACAGGGUGAUUAUUCAGGUAGUGCUUAUCAUGUUAAAGAAUGUCGUCUUAGUGGAUUAAUUGACUUAAAUCAAAAUGAUACUUAUGUACAAGGAAAAAUAGUUGAUUACUUAAAUGGUUUAAUUGAUGCUGGUGUAGCUGGUUUUAGAUGUGAUGCUAGUAAACAUAUGUGGCCAAAUGAUAUUCUUACUAUUUUAAAUAAAGUUAAAAAUUUAAGACAAGAUAUUUUUGGUAGUAAUAAAAGACCAAUUGCUAUACAUGAAGUAAUUGAUCAAGGUGGUGAAGCUGUUAAAUGUAGUGAUUAUAUAGGACUUGGAAGAUAUACAGAUUUUAAUUAUGGUUCUGCUGUUGGUCGAGCUGCAAAAAAACAAUUAGAUUGGUCUCAAUUAGCAAAAUUAGGUCCAGGUUUUAACUAUGGAAACAAUGAAGAUAAUGAUAUAUUAGCUUUUAUUGAAAAUCAUGAUAAUGAGAGAAGUUAUAAUCCAUCUGUUGCUACAUACAAAGAUGGUGAUGCAUAUAAAAGAGCUGUAGCAUUUAUGUUAGCUUGGCCAUAUGGUUUACCAAGAGUUAUGAGUUCAUAUUAUUUUAAUUCACAUGAUCAAGGUCCUCCAAAUGCUGGUAGUAAUAAUAAUUAUGCUACAACAUCUCCAACUUUUGAUUCUUCUACACAAACCUGUCAACAAUCAUCUGGUUGGGUAUGCCAACAUAGAUGGCCUGAAAUUCGUAAGAUGACUUUAUUUAGAAAAUCUACAAAUGGUGCAGCUGUAUCAAACAUUCAAACUUCUAAUAAUAUAAUUGCUUUUGCUAGAACUAACAAAGGAUAUUUUGCUUUAAAUGGAGCUAAUAAUCAGUAUACAUUUACUUCAGUACAAACAACAUUACCUGUUGGUGUUUAUUGUGAUAUUUAUAAUGGUGAGUUAACAGAAGAUGGAUGUUCUGGUAAAAAAAUUACUGUAUUAUCAAGUGGAAAAGCAACAUUUAGUCUUGAGGCUGGUCAAGUUAUUGCUUUUACUAUUGAUUCAAGAAUUGGUAAUGGAAAAUUACCACCAAAAAAUAUUCCUUCAACAUAUAAAUUAACAGCAAUUUUAUUAAAAAGACAAACAUAUAUGGGACAAAAUUUAUUUGUUAGAGGUGGUCAUACAAAUGGAAUCACCUGUACAUCAACAGACUACUCUCAAUCUAAUGAUCCAUGUGCAGUUCCAAUUAUUCAUAGUCUUAAUGCUUCAUUCUUUUAUAAUGAAUAUUUAUCAUGGAGACAAAAUGAUAACUAUUUUGAUUGGCAUGGCCCUGAAAUUACACAAGGUACUCAUGAUGGUUCUGUUUCAUUUGGUACACCACUUAUUUGGACAACAAAUGAUAUAUCAGAUCCACAAUAUCAACCAGUCAACAAAUAUGGAUCAGGUUAUUGGAUGACUCAAUUUUACAUGGAAUGUGAUAAACUAUCAAAUGGAUGGUUUGAAUUAAAAGGUUAUGAAGAUAGUGGUAUUGGUUGGGAAGGUGACAUAAAUCAAAGUACAUGUACUGGUUCAGUUGGCGGUACAGCUUCAUAUACUACUAAUAAUCAUAUGGGUAAAUGUGGAAGUGUCAAUGUAUUCGAAUGGGAUUCAAAUAGUUGUAUAAUUGAUAGUUUUUAA